AUCUGGAUUAUCUCGUCAUUCUUUUGGAAAUUUGAUAUUCUGGUCCUACAAUAUGAUAGAGAUAAGGCGUUGGAGGAUGAAUGAAUUUGUGCAUAAACGAACGAAACAGCCUGCUGGAGAAGAAACGGAAGAACAGAAAGAGCGAACAAAAGGAACAAUCUAAAAUAUAAAUCUGAAUAAAAGAAUCGUCUUACGAGGCCCUACGUGAGCGUCCUUCUCCAAUGGUGAAUACGCAGUCGGAGAGCGUGCGGUCUGGAGCAUGCGGCCAAUUCAACAAAGUGGUCUUUUGCAGAUAUUUGAGCUACCCUUUCUGCGUCUCAGCCAAAUUUGAUCAACACACAACUGAUAUCAACCGCCAUCCCUCCGAUAUGAGUUCUUUAUUAAUACGUGGGUGGUAAACUCGAUGCCCAGGCCCUCCUGGAGACUCCAUCGGUGCCUUUACCAGUCCCUAACACCGAUGUGGUUGCUAAUCAACCCACCUUGUCUCAUCCAUCGUUUGAUGGUAUAACAUCCUUGGCUUGUCUAUAAUUUCCACCACCAAUAGUUGCAAACCCACCACCUCCGCCAUCAGUACCAGUACCACCUACUGUUUUGUCUCCACUAUCCGUUGUGCCAGCAUGUGUGCAUCCAUCCAGCCCCAAUGCUGCGUCACCACAACCCCUUCUCCUUUCCCAGGUGCAGCAGCAGAAUCUACAGACCCUAGAACUCUUUCAGCAAUCCGCGCCAGCCCCUACUGUGGUUAUUGUUGUUGUUUCUCGCGAAUCUCACCUGAAAGCAGCCUCUACCCCAACCCGAAUGACCGCCAGCACCACCCAUCGGCCUGCUCAGUACUUCAUGGCAAUAAACUUUAGUACAAAGAGUACAGAGUUGCAGAAACUAUUUUAGCAGCACAUCACUUUUCAGAUUGCAAUUGUCUUCAUCUUUGCGUGGUCUUCAGUUUUGCCUGAUGUCACCCUACCUAAAGCAGGAGUAUGAGCCCCCUUGUCUCUCUAUACUCCAGCCUUGAGGGCAUGUCUGUUUCGACAGACGGAGUAUUAAUAUCGAUACAUGAGUAUCGAGUGUUUCCCUGCUUUCUUGUCUUUAUCUUUAUUAAUUGUUAUAUAUAUAUAUAAGUAGUGAAUAUUUGGAGAAUUGGACUCCUGGAGAUAGGAUUAUCUUAAGAGUUUUGUGUUUUUCUUUUGAGUUGUGUUAAUCUUAGGAUUUCCUUUCUUUCCUCUUGAGUCUUGUGUUUAUAUUCAGAUUCAUGUUUAUCUUAGGAUUUCCUUAGGCCUUUAGGAUUGAGUCAUGGUGAUACGGAUGUUUGUUGGAGGGGAGAGGUUUGGCCAGAAUAAUAGGGAAGUGGUUAGAGGGGAAAUCCCAAUAUUAUCUCGCCUGAUUAGCUAGUUCAAUUUCAGAGAUUUUAUUGUUAUUUUGAAUUAUUGUAGAUUUGUUUAGCUUAUAGGCGGGCCAGUAGGAGUAGCUGAUCAUCUUGGAUAGAUCAUUUUGUAUUGGACGACUUAGUCGUAGGCCUCUGCGGAGGAGUGUUAUUCUUUUACUUUCCCAUCAAUUCAAAGUGAUCGUUCCUCUUAUUCUUGCAUUUACAAAGCAUUGAUUCGAAGUGGGGAGCAUAACUCGUGCUCUAUACCUCCCUCCCGCCUUUCACUCCUAACAAUUGGUGCGGUGAACGAUGGUGAACUCUCGUGCGGACACGCGACUGGAUGAAUUGGAGAAGGCGACAUAUGAUUUGCAGCAGGGUAGACUCUUGUUGGACGCGGCAGUGAAGGAACUGAAUGCUCAGUUCCGCCGCACUGAUGACCAGGUAACAGAGGUCCGAACCGAACUGACCGCCAUGCUUCAGGAGAUGCGCGCGGGUUUCGCUUCGCUGAAACUCAAGGACACUUCCAACCCCGACGACGGAUCCACCUCAGCGAAUCAGGGGUCAAAGACGACAACCGCCGGUGGUACUUCGGCGUCACCCAUGCCCACCUUCGAUGGCUCGGAUGCCCUCGCUUGGCUUGCACGGGCGGAGCAAUACUUCUUGAUCUCGGGAACCGCCUCCGAGGACCGGGUGGGCGUCACAAUGGUGGCUUUGGCAGGCGCUGCCCUCCCUUGGUACCAGUUGUUGCGACAGCGAGUUCCGGAUCUGACGUGGGCUCGGUUUGCAAGGGAGUUGAUGAAACGCUUUGGCGGCAAUGGGGUGUUGAAUGUAUAUGAAGCAUUCGCCGCAGUACCAUCUCCUCCCCGUCCACCUACACUAGCAAAGGUGACAGCUCCGAUGUUGUCCUCUAGUCCGCCUACAACAGCCAAGGAGAAUACUCUGCACGCCAUCCAACAGCCCCUACCUAUACAACAAAUGUGCACACCCUUGACAGUACAACAACCCAUUCCACCUCCAGUUUUGGUGCCUCCACCAUCUCCUCCCAGUCCACUUACACCAGCAACUCCACCUACACUAGCACCAGUGACAGCACCGCUGUUGUCCACCUCCGGCCCUUACAUUCUGCAGUUUCAAUCUCCGUUCUUGUCCUUGCUGCGAUGUUUAGUUUCCGCUGCCCACCAGUCCCCACCUAUGGCGGUUUCCUUUCCAGGAUCUCUAUUUUCAUUGACAGGCGCCCCCUUCUCCUAUCUGGUCAUGCUGCGAUUCCUACAUAUAGUUGGCAAUCUUCUAUGGUUCGAUGCUCUGGCUACUACUCGAAAGCAUGAGUUUGAACCUCCACCGGACAGAGUGAUAUAUUUUGAAUUUUAACAUAGCCUUGAGGACAAGGUUGUUUCGAGAGUGAGGUAGUUGAUACGGAUGUUUGUUGGAGGGGAGAGGUUUGGCCAGAAUAAUAGGGAAGUGGUUAGAGGGGAAAUCCCAAUAUUAUCUCGCAUGAUUAGUUAGUUCAAUUUCAGAGAUUUUAUUGUUAUUUUGAAUUAUUGUAGAUUUGUUUAGCCGCCUAUAUAAGGCGGGUCAGUAGGAGUAGCUAAUCAUCUUGGAUAGAUCAUUUUGUAUUGGACGACUUAGUCGUAGGCCUCUGCGGAGGAGUGUUAUUCUUUUACUUUCCCAUCAAUUCAAAGUGAUCAUUCCUCUUAUUCUUGCAUUUACAAAGCAUUGAUUCGAAGUGGGGAGCAUAACUCGUGCUCUAUACCUCCCUCCCGCCUUUCACUCCUAACACAUGGCUAUAAAUACUCUUGAUGUUUAAGAGGGAAGCCUUGCUUGGAUUUUAGUUGAGUAUUGGCAUUGACCAAGGUCCAUGCAAGAGGGUCGUUCUUUGUUAUUCCUUUAAGUUUAUGUAAUAAAGUUUAGGAGCUAUUUAUAAUAACUAAUAACAGACUCCUACUCUGAAUAAGGCUCCUAACUAUAUAAAUACUCAUAAAUUAACCCCAACUCUAACAGAUUAAAUCCAUCUCAUAACAAUUACCGAUAAACAAGACACUAUGAACAAACUAAUAAAUACUCCCUCCGUCCGCAAUCAAUUGGCUCUGAUUUACUCUGCUCGAGUUUUAAGAAAUGUAAUGGAAAGUGGAUGGAAAAAGUUAAUGGAAUGUGGGUUCUAUUACCAAAAGUUGUAAAAAGUAAUUGAGAAAAUUAUUUGCAAAUUGAGCCAAUUAAUGGCGGACAGGGGGAGUAAUAACUAAAGAUAACGUUCCAGAAUGCUGGGGACUUCCUUUAAAACAAUACUGCUGGAAUAAUGAUGCAUCUUGUACUUCAA